GGUUACUAAUGUAAACUGUGCACUGUUCAAUCCUGAAACCAUCACACUUGCAGCUUUUUGUCUCCAUGAGUUUUAGUCAGGUUUUGCUUUCUAAAUGCUCUUUAUGACAAAAUUAAUUGGAUUUUAGGAGGUUUGAUUAAGUAACUACUCAUCGUCCUACUAUUCUAUUUUGUUACAAAAAGGAAAUUUUGUUCUUAGGCUUUCUAGCUGGCUCGGUGAAACAAAAGGUUGUUAGCUAUUUGUUCUCCCAGAGUUUGGACGCUAGUCUGCCAACAGUCGUUCAAGAUGAUGCAGUUAAAGAGUGCAUGGACACCGCUGGCAAACAAAGAUGCAAACAAAAAGCUUUUCGAAGAGCGGAAGUGCCUGUUGCUAUCUUGGUUCUCGAAAUGGUCUGAAAGUCAAAGAAAACAAGCCGUAAUAAGCCUCUUUGAGCUAUGCACAAAUAAGCAGCUUGAAGCACUAGCUCAUUUCAUAGAGAACAGAAUACCCGUAUAUCAGAUAGAUUUCACCCGGACACUGCCACGUUUUUUGUGCAUUUACAUAUUUUCAUUUCUGGAUCCCCGAAGUCUCUGUCGCUGUGCACAAGUUUGUUGGUAUUGGCGAUAUUUAGCUGAAGCGAAUGAAUUAUGGGCUUCAAAAUGUAUCCGGCGUGGAUGGGAUUUAAUUGCAUCACAAAGUCAAUGGGAGCCAGGAAUAUGGAAAAAGCAUUAUAUUCAAAAUAUACGUUGUCUUCAGUUGUAUAGUAUUUCAAAAUCGUCUGCAAGAAGUAGUAACGUGAUAGAACAGUACUCAGGAAAUCUGUUCACUAAACACUCGGAAUUCUCAAGUAAUCAUUUCAGUCAUGCUGAAAACAGUGACAAUAAUGAGCCUGCUGAAUAUUGUCAUAGUUACAAAAGUGCAGAUACAGAUCGAAGUAGAACAAAUGAUUGUAAGAAGCAUAAAGAUGAUGGUAAUUUAUCAGAAAGAGGCAAAAAUGAUAAAGUCAGCCUAGAACCAUGGCGUGCACCAAGUCGUAGACCAUCUGAAAUACAUCGUUUGAAUUAUUUUGAUAAUGAAAUCAGCGUGUCAAAAUCAUCGAGGAGUGAAGUACAGCGAAGACGUUAUAGCAGUGCUGGGACAAGAAGAUACUCCGCAAUAUCCUCAUCAUCAAAUAUGCAUAAUAUUUAUAAUCCUACACAAGUUAAAAGUGACCUGCAUGAACGUGAUGAUAAUAUUUCUGUCAAUUCUAAACAACGUCAAAGUGUCAGUAUGAUAAAAUCAAUUUACUCUAAUGAUUUAUUAAUUAUUCCUCGUAAAUAUUCUCAACCAAUACCAUGGAAACCAACAUCGUGUUAUGCAUCUAAACCUUUACAAAUUAAUUUUGACGAGAAUAUCAAGAAGAUGAAGGAGCAGGAGAAGAAGAAGAAGAAGAAAGAUCAAAGAAAUUCUGUUCACCGUCAUCAACAACAUCAUCAAUAUCUUCAGAGUUUAAAUGUACAAAAUAAUGACCUUGAGGAAAAUAAAAAUGACUUAAACAAAUUACACGCACAUAAUUCAAAAGUAGACGGAUCAAUAAAGUCACCUGUAUUAGAAGAGAAAAUAACUCAACAGGAAGAAUUAUACAAUGAGAACCAUAACAUAGAUAAUUUAAACACAUCUACAAGAAGUUCAAUUCAUCAAUCGAAAAUCAUCGCAUGUUAUGAAACCCCAAAAACCUUGGAUCAUUCUAACGCAGUUAAUAUAAUCAAUAAUGCUAAUAAAAAUAGUCAAUAUCUUCAAAAUCCUCCGUCUUAUCGAUCCCUAUCUGCUUCACUACCGUCAUCUCCGUUAACAUCACCAUCAGUGGAAGAAGUUGACUCAUCAGUCCAUCAGAGCAUCGAUGGUCAACAACAUCAACGACUGUCUUCACCUAAAGCGGCAUCAACGAUGACAGUGGCGUCGAUGAAGUCAGCUGAAUCAAAAGCAAGGACGUUGGAUUCUCCAGAUAACUUGUGUAAUAGUAAUAAUGACUCAGUGCCACAGACAGUAGAAAAAAAGAAUGAUCAUCAAGGCAAUAAUGAUAAUAAUGAAGAUCCAUACAAAGAAAGUCCUGAAAAGUAGUGAAUAAAUGAAGGACGUAUUCAUUUGUCAGUUCAAUUUGUGUAAACAGCAAAGGUUGGGAUACAAAUUUUCGCGGAAUAAUCAAAUUAUGAAAUACUAAUGAUAUUGUGAUCUACGUUAAUGCUAAUUUGUAUUCAUUUUUUUAUAGUAACAUUUGUGUGAUUUAACUUGUUUUUCAUCCAUUUUUUGUUUGAAAAAAAUGAAUUGAACUUUCCUCC